GACUGCGUGGCAGCUUCGCGUACUGAGGUACGGAGGCGUGAAAAAAAGGGCACGGGAACCCGCACGGACAUGCUUCUUUGCUUGUGCGGUGCUUCUUUGCUUGUGCGGAGGUGCCUUCAAGCAAAGAAGUAUAGGACUGGCACGGCCGCCGCUGCAAACACCAUCUCAUCAGGUUGGUACACUCAUCUCGUCGGCAUCUCAUGGCAUGCAUCUUUGUAGCUAAUUGUGGUGCCUGCAGGGUCAUCGCUGGUGGAUAUCGUCAUCUCUCUCUCUAUCAGGUACGAUCGCAGAGCAGCAUGCCAUCCGUGUCAGACGUCGACUAAGCUGUGACACCCCACUCAUCAUGACCCCCCGGCCAGCGCUCCUUCCUUCCCCUCACUCAUGGCACUCGCUAUCAAGAGGUCCUCUCACAUGGCCGUGUCGCGUCGUGGCCAGAAAAGCCACUCACUCCGCUCUCAGAUCAACAGCGCCCAUCACGCUGAUCUGGACAUGAUGCUGCGGCUCGUCACUCAGCACAUCGAGGAGGCCAUCAGCCGACUGGGCCUUCAAGAUGUCUUGGCCUUCACUACUAGUGACCUGGUGGGCGCCUUCAAGAUGGUCUACUUCCUGGAGCAGGGCAGCAGCGAGUGGCGGAUCGUCAGCCAGUUCAUCCGUUUGGCCGCCAUUUAUCAGCUCACCCCCGCCCCAGGGCUGCCUCUGCGGCUUUCGGCUGAUUCUCUGCCCACAGCAAUCGCCCUCCGCCAGCGUCCGCUCAUGAUGGUCAUGUAUCGCAUUAUCGGUCCGCAGCUGACUUAUACCGGAGAAAGCAUGGCGCUGCGGGGAGCUGACGACGGGGACUUUCGGAUCGGCAUCGUCGGCCCUUUUCAGGUGGUGUCGUGGCGCGAGUUGCCGGCCGGGCAUCGCUACCGCAACGGCUACAAGACAAGCGACCCCGUCAUCCGCUGUGGAGAGUGGCUCUAUCGCUCUUUUACGGCAUUUCUUGUCGACUGGCUUUUUGCGUGCUAGUCUCGUCACGCGACAGUGGGGCGAGAAGCGGUCCGUUACUUGUACAAUGGUGAUGGGCGCUAUCGGUCGCUGGCCACUGGUACAUCCCCAAGCAGGAGGGCAUCACGGUGGACUGUCGGCAAGACGGUGGGGACCUGAAUCGAGAUGGAUGUGCCCGUCGCCACGUCAUUGUGAGCGGCUUCCAGCCUACAGACGCCAUCGCUGCCCGGCUGACGGUGAGGGCUGGGCGCAUCGAUCUGAUCACGACCGAGUCGUCUGCUGUUGAUGCAUCAUUCUCCAUGGAUGUGCGUUUCCCCAUGUCGGCGCCCCUGUGGCGCCGCGCGUUCUGCGGCGCUUGAAUCUCGAGGGGCAGUGAGUGGUGGUGGGUGAAGAAGUGUGUGGGUGGGUGUGCAUCGAUGCGACGCGGCCUGAUCGGAGCUGUCGACGGGCGUGAUGAUGUCCCCAUACGACUGGCGAGACGUAUACGUGUGUGCGCAUCCAUGGGUUGCUACGCCACGCCAGGUCGGGACAAGUUUGUGCAUUGCGUACAAACGCCUUGUGUCUCGCUGCAACGAUACACUAUCCGAUAGAGCAACGAGACUCAAUUAAUG